AUGGCGACAGUUGUCGUGCAGCAGCACACGCUGCGACAUUCGACGCCCCCGCCGUCGGGGAUCACCCCCGCGCUGAAUCUGAACAGAACCUCGUCGCCCAUUCCAAACAAGCAUCUUCCUGUUUGUCCAACGGGCCCUUCCCCGGUCUCUUCCCAGACGCCGUCCCCUGCUGCCAGAAGCAACACCGGCCUCCAGGCGCCUUCACUCUUAUACCCACCCGAUGCGUUUUUGCGACUGUCGCAGUCGCCUGCACUCUACUCAAUAGGCCGCGCUAGUUUGGCUACCGCUUUGGACUACUGGGCUACCCAACCAUUGCCCGACCCAUCCCAAGUCUUUCCGUGGCUUCAUGGACUUCAUCCCGACAAUCACCUGCAGGUGGGCUUCUUCACCAACCGCAGGCGCUCCCUCCGGCGGCUUCCCCAGUGCUGGCGAGGCAUUACUAUCGUGAAGGUCGGCGGAGACUUAACCCGGGCUCGUAUCAAAGGCGCAGUGUCCCCCGAUGAGGUGCUGGCCCCGUCAGGCAAAGAGUUCCUUGCUGUAGACCCGCGGGAAGGCUUCUCAGUGCGCAACUUCCAGAUACAAACUGCCAAACUGGCUCCCUUAUCGGACAUUAUCGUUUACGGGGAGGAUAAUGUCAGUCAAAAGCAGAUUUUGGAUAUUGCACGGAGACUGGCAAUGGCACAGUAUAAUUGGAGAAUCAGGAAUGACCCCGAGCAAAGCUUACCCGCGUACAACACAUUUAUUCUUGCCUGUCCUUUCUCCGAGGUUGAAGCGAAGUCUCCAGAGUUGGUCGCUAUCAACAGUAGCGGCCAACUGACGAACCAAGUGAUGGAUUUCUUCCAAUGGGAGCGAUUCGAGAUGUGUGAGAUGUCCCGUACAUCGGAGAUCUCGGCAAACGUAUGGCUGGGUCCUACUUCCGACUAUGUAUUACUCUCGGGGUCCGGAGGAUGCCCGUCUGCGGAGCCUUUUGACCUCUUGAUUGAGACUAGCGAGCUCGCAAGCAUCCCCGGCCCUCGCUUCUUGGCGAAAAUCAACAAGCAGCUGGAAGACGGCCCGCAGAAGUUGGAUUUCCCUUCCUCUGGGUCGAUUCUCGUACCCUCGGCUGAGACUCGGGAAGUCGAUGAUUUGGUCAACACCGUCCGUUGGUUGUACUAUUUGGCAAACCCAGAUGAGCCCGAGCACACCGUCGACGCUGAUGGAGAUACCUCGAUGCCACCUCUCACCAAAAGACCACACAAGAUAUUGAUCCAUUGUCCCGACGGUUACACGGAGAGUUCACUCCUGGCAAUUGCGUAUGUGAUGUUCGCCGAAGGCAUCUCCGCCCCCACUGCCUGGCUCCGGCUUCACAAGGAGAAGAGGCGGAACUUCUUUGCGUAUCCGUCGGACGUGACGUUCUUGAGCAGCGUACAAGGUCGACUUCUGCAGGGGAGUCCGGCCACGAAGUCGCACAAAAUCACCAGCCUACCCGACCCGCAAUGGUUUAGAUAUUGUGACGGUUCCCUCCCCAGUCGGAUCUUGCCGUACAUGUACUUGGGAAAUCUUUCUCAUGCGAAUAACCCGGAGAUGCUCUGGGAGCUCGGGAUUCGUCGUGUUCUUAGCAUUGGUGAAUCGGUUACGUGGACGACGUCCGAACUCACGAAGAUGGACCCAAAGAAUGUGAUGCACAUUACGAAGGUCCAGGAUAACGGCAUCGACCCCCUCACGCAGGAGUUCGAAAGGUGUUUGGAAUUCAUUCGUCAAGGUAAACGCGACGGAAUGGCCACCUUGGUUCAUUGCCGAGUGGGUGUCUCACGCUCAGCGACCAUCUGCAUAGCGGAAGUGAUGUCAUCUCUCAACCUGUCUUUCCCUAGAGCCUAUUGCUUUGUCCGUGCAAGAAGACUGAAUGUUAUUAUUCAACCCCAUCUCCGUUUUGUUUACGAACUUCUCAAAUGGGAAGAACUGCAAGUACAAAAGCGCAACAGGACGCCCAGAAGAGAAUUAGAAUGGCCCACCGUGGCCCGCGAGAUUGCGCUUAUGAACAAACCCUACUCCCGAUAG